AGGACGGUGGGCUACGGAGGCCUGUCCCGUCACAUUCCGGGAGCAGCCGGCCCUCCGUUCCUUGGCAACAUCCUGAGAAUCCAGCCAUCCUGCUUGGGUUCCCUUCCCCUCCCCUCCCACUCGCCUGUCUGCAGGGGCGGGAGGCGGAGGCGAGCGAGCGAGUGAGCGAGUGAGAGCGAGCUCCAUUAUAAAAAGCAGCAGAGCUCACGCGCCGCGGCACUGAGUGCAGACGCCCGACCCUGGCCACCAGCCUCGCCCCGCCUGGACUCCCCCAUCCACCUCCUCAGCCAUGACUCUCCUACCGCGCUCCUGGCUGCUGCGCCUGGCUGUCCUCGGCCAGCUGACCGUCCUGCUGAUUGGUCAGCACCACGGUGUGAAGAAAUGCCGCAUCAAGUGCAACAAGAUGACGUCCCCCAUCCCUGUGGCCAACCUGGUCGGCUAUGAACAGAACCACGGAUCCUGCGGCCAGCGUGCUAUCAUCUUGGAGACCCGGAAGCAAAAGUUAUUCUGUGCUAAUCCAGUGGAGAAAUGGGUCCAGGAGGCCAUGGCGUAUCUGGACCGCCGGGCCGCUGUUCCGACUCCCAAUGGCGGCACCUUUGAGAAGCAGAUCGGCGGCGGGGAGCCCAGGACAACGCUGGCCGCCAGGGGAGAGCACCAGUCAGCCCUGUCAGAGUCCGAAGUUGCCACCCGGGGGAGCAGUAGCCUGGAGCUGACGCCUCCUUCCCAGGAGACAGAGAAGGACUGGGGGACAUCCCCAGAGCUGCCCGCCGGAGGGGCAGUUGGCUCCUUGGGGACCAGGUCCCCCUCAGUCUCAAAGGCUGAGGUCGAAGGACCUCCAACGGGGCCUGUGGAAACUGAGCUGCUUCCUAUGGCGGCUGCCCUUUCUACCCCUCUCUCCUCCGCCGCGUACCAGCCGGGGUCAGACCUCCAGGCAGAGGGAAAGGCCCCUGAAGCACGCCCCACCGAGGGCCCCACCACCCAGGGCCCCCCAACUGAGGUCUUCUCCAGCCAGGGCCCCCCCACUGAGGCCCUCACCUCUUCCCACCCAGCCCCAGAGGACACCGUUGGGCUGGGGGGCCAAUCUGCGGGGGUUGAGGAGCGGAGCCCCAUGCAGGAGAGCGCCCCAGAGUCUGAGAAGAUGGGCCUCCGUCCUGCUCACACAGAAGCAUUUCUGGACUGGGGUCCUGGCAGCAAGGCUCACACUUCGGUGGUCCCCAUGCCCUCUGAGGGGGCCCCCAGCAGGGAGCCAGGGGCUGAAGGCAGCUGGGCCCCCAACACCGAUGAGCCCAUUCAUGCCACCGUGGACCCCCAACGGCUGGGCGUCCUCAUCACGCCUGUCCCCGACGGCCAGGUGGCCACCCGGCGGCAAGCAGUUGGGCUCCUGGCCUUCCUGGGCCUCCUCUUCUGCCUAGGGGUGGCCAUGUUUGCCUACCAGAGCCUCCAGGGCUGCUCCCACAAGAUGGCGGGAGACAUGGUGGAAGGGCUUCGCUAUGUCCCUCGGAGCUGUGGCAGUAACUCGUAUGUCCUGGUGCCCGUGUGAGUGUCCACCCACCUGCUCCCACUUGUGUGACUCAGUCCAUUGCCUGGGGUCCCCCAUCCUCAUCUCCACUCUCAUCCAAGGGUCUGGCCGGAAUUGGGCUGAUCAGAGCAGGGAGGUAGGACAGCUCCCGGCUCUCAGUUACACCCCAGGAGACCAACCCUGACCGUUUGGAGACUCCCUGGGGAAGCACGUGGCUUCAACAAUGCCGCACUCCAAUGUCCCCGGCUCCAGAAAGUCCCCUCUGCUGCUGGCUGGCUAGAGGCUCCCUUAGAUGCUGCCCCAGCCCCAAUGCACAGCUAUUUAUUGAAAGCCCAGCCCCUCAGACCCGUGCCCCCCAUGUGGGGGCCACACUCACCCACAUCUGACCAAUGAGCCUCAGGCCAGGCCCCCACCCCACCCUUUCUCAGACUCAUCCUGUCUCUCUGUCCCCACUGCAGUCGCCAGCCCCCACCCCACCCCCGGCCACCUGCGGUGCUAUCUCUCCCUGUCCCCUGUACAGAACCCACCCCCAAGCCGGGGACACGUCUUUGAAAAAUAUUUCUGCAUGAGGCUAGUGUGGUGUUUUCGGGGUGCGUCCCAGCCCAGGCCCCGUCCCCCCCGUCAGUCAGGCUUUGCAAGACCUGCGAGUCUGGUGGUGUCCCUCUUCCUCCUGGUCCUGGUGGGGCAUGAGUGUGAAGACUAGGCUUUGAGCCACAGGUCUGCCACCAACCCCACAAGGCAGUCACCGGGCUUGAGUGCCGCCCCCUCUCUUUGCUGUGCCUCCGAUUUCCGUUUUGGAAGGAAAUCAUUGGAUGAGAGAGAGGCGAGGAAGUACCCCGGUUAGAAAACAACAACAAAAUUCACACAAGUGUCCCUGACAGGCAGAACCAAUCGAUUCAGAUGCCUACUCCUGGAGGUAGCCUCAAAAGAGCACCUUAGCCAAGCCAUGUUGGUUGGCAUGUAUUUGGAUCUCGUGAUCCAAGGAUAUGCCUUGUUGGAAGCGAGUCCACCCUGUGGGCUUCUGAGGGGUGACUGGGCUACGGUCCUUGAGGGACCAGGAUACCACUUUGGAUCCCCCUCCCGGACCUCCAACGCGGAAACAAGUGCCAGCCCUGUACCGACCUGAGGGGUUAGCUAAGGGCGGAGGGGAGGGCCUUCCGGCUCCUUGGAAGGCUGAUGUCUCCGAGGAAGGAGACACAGAACAGCUCAGGGGUGGGGGCUGCUUGUUCAGGGGACCAGCCUCUGUGUCCCCCGAUCACGCACCCCAGGACCAACCUCUGCCCUUUGAUCCUGCAGCCUGCCUACCCCUUCCCCUUCUCUCCUUUGUAAAGCACUGUUCUCUGCACCCAGAACCUUCUCCCUCACCUUGACCCCUACCUGGGACAGGGACAGGAAUUUCCAGGAGUUUCCAUGAGCUCAGGGAACCUGAAGUUCCUGUCUAUGUCUGAAAUGGAUGGCGCUGGGAGGGCAGCUGUGACCAUGAGUCAGGGGUUCUCUGACUGCUGAGGGCCCAGGAUGGGGCUAGUGGGGGUCUGAAGGCUGAUUGGGCUGACCCCCACCUGAGGGGCAGAUCGGACCUGCAGACCUUGUCCCCCAGGGUCUCUGGUGGCAGCACCCCCAUUGCCCUCAAGGGUGAGCCGCCUGAGGAGACUUGCGGGCGGGGCUUCAUCGGGGAGCCCAUGGGAAGACCACAGCUCCGGUACACAGAGGAGGGGCCUGCUGCUCUGCCCACCGGCGCAAGUCACCAUCACCUGGGCCAGACAGAGUACUGAGAUAGAAUGGUGACCCCUCAGGAGCCCAGAGGAGGGGAGAGCAGGGCUGAAGGUACUUUGUUCAGGCUCCUCCAGCUUGGGUCAGAGCCCCAGAUAUGUGAAAGAGAGGCUGGGCCGGCCGGGCUCCUUCCACGGGCAUGGCUGGUUCCUCUAAGCAGGACGCGGACGGAACAACAGUGAAGGACUUUGGAAGGAGCUGGUUGAUCCUUUUGCUUUUCCAACCCUUAUCACCAAUGUCUGUGCCAUUUUGUAUUUUAAUAAUAAAAUUUUAAAGUCUUGUGAAUGAA